AAGAAGAAAUAAGGGUUUCUAAUUUAUAUGUAUAUAUGCUGCUCGUCACACCAAAAAGGGAGAAAACAAGAAGCCACGAAAUUGCUCUGCACAUAGGAGAAAGCAAAAAAACCCAAAUCUGUCCGCAGAAAGAGACCGCCCAAUUUGUUGGCAUCUACACAAGAAGACAGCCCCACAGCCGAAUCUUCUCUGCACAGAAGGGAGGACACCCACCCAGAUCUGUUCACGAAAGAGCCAACAUCGUCGACCAACCUCUAUUCUUCUCCGCCAACUUUGUUUGGGAGGGACAGCAGCACGAGUUUGGCUUGUUCUUCAUUGGACGGGUGUUGUUGAUUCUUAACUUGAAUUUUUUAUCAUGAUUGUCUGCUGGGAUUACCGAAUUAUGGCUGUUGAGAACAUAAAUAUGUGUGGCUAGAUUUCUUUGAACUGGUGAUGGAUGGAUUUUAAUUUUUGGAUUAUGUGAUUGUUCUUUUUAGUUUAAUUCAAGAUUUAUUGGUUAUUUGCAUGAUGAGUUUAUAUUAUUGAACUUAAUGAAGUAGAAACCUGAUC